AUGACGACUAGAGGCCGAGAGAGGGAUGCGGAGGCACUGCAAAGGCGGUUAAAUGAUCCGCAUGCGCAGUCAACUGCCAACAAAGCGAAUAAGGAGGCUCUGGAAGAUCAAGUCCGCGAAGUCAAGCAAAGUCUUCAGAAUCCAGAUUUUAUCAAUCAGGCCGAGAAUGAAAAGCAGCCAAAAGCCUUGCUCGAUCAGAUCAAUAAAAUUACCGAGAAGGAAGAACAGCAUGGAUCCGAAAUGGAUGUGGAUCAUGGGUUGGGAUCGGACCCACCAGAUUUCGCACAAACCCGAGAAGAUCAAGUUCCAGUGGAUGACCGCAAGGAAGACAGUAUACCCACCGACUAUGCGGAUAUACGUCCAAUCGACAGGAACGAGUUGACGGGCGACGAUGAGGAAGGACGCGACCUUGACGGCGGGAUGACACUAGCCAUGAACCAGGCCAGUAAAGGUUCUAUCUAUCUCAACGCGUACGGGUACAAGAGCUGCGCGAUAACCGUCUGGGAAUAUGCCCAAGCAGAAUGCACUGUCGGUAGCCUUACAAACAUUCGCGGGAAUCCCCACAAGAAGGCCCUGGAGACCAAUGAAGAUGGGGACUAUAUCCACAAGGGAAAGAUAGGGAGGAUCCUAAACGUUGCCUGGGAACCGAAACGGAAGAUACGGAGCAUCGACGAUAUCCUGGAUUCGGUGGAAGAGCUUAAUCCCGAAAACAAGAGACGAGACGCGAAGUACAGGUACCCUUUCAGUACUGUUCUGGUCGAAUGGACUGAUGGGUUGGAGCGCACGUGGAUCAGUCGAACGAAUUACAAAACACUCAGCAGCCAGUCAAAGACCUCGAACGAACGAACAGACAUGAAAUUCUACAAAGUUGGUGUCCUUCAGGUGAAGCGAUAUCGGGACAUUUCAGAGGUUGGCCAGUGUGACGAUGACCUGGGAGACCUAGAGAGAACUCCUCCGGGUUUGACGGAGUCACCAGAGCCGGGAGAGUCGAGCGUAAACCGCGGGGUCGAGGUUAGCCACUCAGCCAACAACAUGCAAAGGUGGGAAGAAUCAGGUGGCCUCAGCCAAGUUGAUCAGUUUCAAGGCGCACAAACCCAGAGCAGCAGGACCUCUCCAAGCGAUCCCAGUAGGCCAGGCCAGGCCAGUCAGAACCCGGGCAGUGGGAACCCGGGCAGCCAGAACCACGCCAGCCAAGACCAGGGUGAUCAGAAUCAAACCAAACAAAACCCGGGAAGCCAAAGCCACGAGAACACGCCCAGAACAAUGAUCACGCCGGAUGUGCCAUCAAAGCCGCCAAGCCCAUCGCAGGUCCAGUCCGUGCAAUCUACUCCGUUGCAGCAGACGUCUGAGCGUUCCACGCGGGCACGGCGACCCCCUGAGAGAUAUGUGCCUUGA